AGGCAAUUUAACUUAAUUAAUGCAUAAUGAGGCCCAGCGGGGGAAAACCCAAAACGGCGUCGUGUUAUGGGAACGCUCAAAUUUUCAUCUGCCAUUCGGAUCUGCUGCUAUCAGCAAGAGGGGCGUGGAAACACCUGAGCUUGGUGCUGUUGAAAAUUUCAUAUUCCUCAAUCUUCAGUGUCGGGGUAGCUAGGGUUUGCCAGAAGAACAAAUCGCACCAAUGGCGAUGGCCGCGUUGAGGCGCGAGGGAAGGCGGUUUGCCCCUUUGAUUUCCCCCAAUCCAAUCGCCACUGCUCGAUUCUCUCUGAUUUCCGAGGAGCAGGCGUCUCUUGGAGUUCGCGGUAUUUCAACGCAAGUUGUUAGAAACCGGAUGAAGAGUGUUAAGAGUAUUCAGAAAAUUACAAAGGCAAUGAAAAUGGUUGCAGCCUCAAAGCUACGAGCCAUUCAAACCAGAGCUGAAAAAUCCCGUGGCCUAUGGCAGCCAUUUACUGCCCUUCUCGGUGACACUCCUAGUGUUGAUGUCAAGAAGAAUGUUAUUGUUACAAUCUCUUCAGACAAAGGUCUAUGUGGUGGAAUUAAUUCUACAUCAGUCAAAAUAAGCAAGGCUGUGCGCAAGCUGAGCUCUGGUCCUGAUAAAGAAUCAAAGUAUGUCAUUUUGGGAGAGAAGGCAAAGGUUCAAAUGAUACGUGACUCAAAGAAUUACAUAGAGCUAUCUGUGACAGAGUUGCAGAAGAAUCCUCUGAAUUAUACCCAGGUGUCUGUUCUUGCUGAUGACAUCUUAAAGAAUGUUGAGUAUGAUGCUUUGAGGAUUAUUUUCAACAAAUUUCAAUCAGCUGUCGCAUUUUUGCCAACAAUGGCCACUGUGUUAUCUCCAGAGGUUGUGGAGAGAGAGGCUGAAGCUGGGGGAAUGAUUGGUGAUUUGGAUUCUUACGAAAUUGAAGGCGGUGAAACAAAAGCAGAAAUACUUCAGAAUCUGACUGAAUUCCAGUUUUCUUGUGUUUUGUUCAAUGCGGUUCUAGAGAAUGCUUGCAGUGAGCAAGGAGCAAGGAUGUCUGCCAUGGAUAGCUCAAGCAGGAAUGCUGGCGAGAUGCUCGAUCGCCUCACACUUACUUAUAACAGAACCCGCCAAGCAUCAAUCACCACUGAACUUAUUGAGAUCAUCUCGGGAGCAUCAGCAUUGCAGGGCUAAUUGCACAAUAUGACUUGCCCAUUUGACGGUGACGAAAUAAAUCCUAGUGCAGGCUAGCUUUUUUCAGUUCCCCCGCCCCCUUUUUUUUUUUUUUUUCGGGUUUUCAAUGAGCUGCUCGAAUAAUCUCCCUGAGGCCAACUUUGUACCUGGGAAUUUCACUCGUUUGGUUUGUCAUAUGAAGUGAUUUUGAGGGUGUUGUUUUGUUCACUUUCCUUUUGUGGCAUAAUAUUUAUCUUAAACCUGAUUGGCAGUUAAUAUCUUCAUCCUCAAUUGAUUUUUUGUAA